UAUAUACAUCUAGGGUUUUUUUUCCUCAUCCAAGAACUCUUUAGUUUUCCUUGAUAGCAGCAGCUGCAGUUUGUGAGAAGAUUCGGACAACGGAAAACAUGGCAGGUGAAGAAGCUGUUGUUCCAGUUGAGACACCCGCACCGGCACUCGGGGAACCAAUGGAUAUCAUGACGGCUUUGCAACUUGUGUUAAGAAAGUCACUUGCUCAUGGAGGUCUUGUGAGGGGUCUUCAUGAGGCUGCAAAAGUGAUUGAAAAACAUGCUGCUUUACUUUGUGUAUUGGCAGAGGACUGUAACCAGCCAGAUUAUCAAAAACUGGUCAAAGCACUUUGCGCUGACCAUAAUGUCAGCUUAGUAACAGUUCCUGCUGCAAAGACUCUUGGCGAGUGGGCCGGUUUGUGCAAGAUUGAUUCUGAAGGCAAGGCACGAAAGGUUGUGGGUUGCUCAUGCCUCGUUGUGAAAGACUACGGUGAGGAAUCUGAAGGGCUUCACAUCGUUCAGGAGUAUGUGAAAUCUCACUAAAGACUUUGGCAAUUAGUCGAAAAAGUUUGUGGGAAUCAACUUUUUUUUUUCACUUGAGUUUUUUCCGUCGAUUCAGGACUUUGUUUUAGAAUUUUUUUUGAAUGGUUUUAGCAGGAUUUGUAUUCAAAGAUCAUUAGAUUAUGAUAAUGAAGUUAUGGGCUUUUACUUAUGUUGAUG